UCAAAAACCUCAUUUACUUGGAGUUCGUACGUACUACACGCAGUACUCUCUCCGAAGCUAAGCUACUUCAUCAAUUUCCAACUGUGAAGAAAAGAUCAAGGAAAAAUAAUGGAAGAGGGUGAUAGCUCAUUAUCUCAAUCUCGUGCCUUUUAUGCUCCUCUCCUUCGAGCUGCCCUAGAAGAUGAUUGGAAAGCUGCUAAAGCUUUUAUCCAGAAAAAUCCAAACUGCGACCUUGGAGCCCCCAUAACAAAAGAGGAAGGUACAGCUCUUCACAAUGCGGCAGCUGCAAAACGCACCCGUUUUGUAAAAGAACUCGUGAAUAUGAUGACACCUGAACAAUUAGAAUUGAAAACCAAACCAGGCAACUACACGGCCCUUUAUUUUGCCGCUCAAUCAGAAAUCAUAACAAUUGCAGAGGUGAUGGUGAAAAAGAACAAAAAUCUGCCAUCUAUAUUCCCCAAGCACCACAUCGAUGCUUUACCACUUUACGCGGCAAUAAAGACUGGAAAUAGAGACAUGGUGUCGUAUUUAUACUCUGUGACUCCUGUUCAAAACUUGGCUUCUCUGGAUCACAUUUAUCUCAUUCAGGCUACUAUUUCCACCGAUUUGUAUGAUACGGCACACAAAAUUCUGGACAUUCUAAAGCGGCCAACACCUGAAGAGAAGAAACAUCUUUGGCUUGCAUUGGAAAUGUUGGCCAAGAAACCUUCGGAAAUUGGCAGCAAAAGUCAGCCAUCAGUAUGGGAAAGACGCUUAAACUCCUGCUUCAGAGGUCGGUUCUGCAACAAAGCUUUGAUGCAAGCAUCAGCCCAUCACUUAGUUGGCCGCCUUUGGAAAGCGCUUGGAGACGACAAAUAUUUAUCGUCAACUAUGGUUCCCUAUCAUAUGAAACUACUUGUUGAAGCUACGAAAGCAGGGAACAUUGAAUUUAUAAUUAUACUUAUACGCUCUUAUCCCGAUCUCAUAUGGCAACAUGACCAAGAAUAUGGAAGUUUAUUUCACGUUGCUGUUGAAAAUCGACAAGUGCGUGUUUUUAAUUUAAUAUAUGAGAUAGGUGUUUUGAAGGGUGAUGUUGCGACCUAUAAGGCCAAAGGGGGAAACAACAUGCUGCACUUAGCUGGACAAUUGCCUUCUUCAGAUCGGCUGAAUAUCGUCACGGGAGAGGCACUUCAAAUGCAACGAGAGUUAUUGUGGUUUCAAGAGAUAGAAAAGAUUGUGCCGAAGUUAUACGUGAACAAGCCGAAUUCUUCAAAAACACCAGAAACACCUAGGGAUAUACUUAAGAGGACCCAUGAAGAACUACGGAUGAAGGGUGAAAAGUGGAUGAAAAACACGGCAAACUCUUGCAUGCUCGUGGCAGCACUGAUUGCCACUGUGGUUUUUCCAGCUGCCUUCACAGUACCAGGUGGCAACAAUCAAGAAACAGGCAUUCCUAUCUUUCUGGAAAGCAACUGGUUUACGUUAUUUCUCGUAUCAGAUGUGGUAGCCAUGUUCUUCUCUUCGUCUUCAAUAUUAGUUUUCUUGACAAUACUCACGUCACACUACACCCAAAAGGAUUUCCUCAAAUCAUUACCUCUUAGGUUGGCGUUGGGACUCGCUACGCUUUUCAUUUCAAUAGUAGGCAUGCUGAUAGCCUUCAGUGCAGCAUGUUUUUUGGUCUUUAAAAGCAAAACAAGUGUUCCGAUCCGAAUAAUUGUUGCGGCGCCCAUUGUCCCAAUUAGUUUGUUUGUUAUCUUGCAUUGUCGCCUUUGGUUUAAUAUAUUUCGCUCCGCAUUCUGUUCAAAUUGGCUUUUCGGGUCAAAGAAUAGGCUUUUCAAUUCCAAGCCGCUUGCUACGGAAAUGGAGAAUGGCAACCAAUCCGGAGGUAAUGACAGAACCCAGGUUCUUGAUCGGGUCUGAAAAAAUUCGGUCCAAUUGAACAGUCCUACUGAACUAGUCAUGCAAGUUCUCAGUGUGAAAUUUGACGACGAAAUUAUGAUCAAGGCUUCAGUAUGAUCUUCAUUAAUUAGCUUGGAAUAUUGUUGGUUCUUUAUAAAACCCACGAGUAUUGGGCUGGUGAUAAUUAUUAUAUGAAAGCUGCUACUUUUUAUUAAUUAAGACUCUCGAAACUCUCUUGUAACAUAAUUCUAUGGUUUUUGUCGUUA